AUGAGUGCUUCUUCCAUCGUGCAACAAAUUGAACAAUUUCUUCUCGAGUACUCAUCCCGAUCAGUGCAAGAGAAUAAUCAUCCUAAAAUUGAAUUGUUGGGAGCUGCUCGUUUAGGCCUAAAUUCAGAGAGUGAACAAUAUGUUUGGAUGGAUUCUAUUCAGAGUGUUCAUGCGAGUGCCAUUCGGAAACAAUGGAAUUGUGUGGUGCUGAAAAUUAAAGCCUUGUUGCCGACAGCGGUGAAUAUUCCUCUUCCGUUUUAUUGGGAAAUUCAUUGUGAGAGAAUUGAGCCGUCGACGGUGAUGACCAGUGAGAAUUAUGGAGAGAGUAUUGACCAUUCCUAUAUAUUAAUUCAAGACUUUGAGGAUGAAAAUUCACAAACUAGUGACAAGAAGAAACGUAAACGUAAAAACAAUGAAGAGGAUGACGAAGUGCAACAGGACAACCAAAACUCUGCCAAAUAUUUCUAUGAAAAUGGAGAGAGUCUAUUCAUUUGUAAUCAAAUCAUACGACCCUUAUUAGGGAUUGUCCAUAUUCAGAGUUCUCAAAUUGAUCAAUUGAAAUCUUUAUGCUUGAAAAAGGAGCAAGAAUUGAUUAGUUAUCGACAAAUGUACAGUAGCAGCUCGGGAUCAAAUGCACAACACUCUUCUUCAGAUAUUUUGGAUGUUUUAGAUAGGAUUUUAAAGCCCUCUAAGACUAGUAAUUUUAAUGAGCUUUGUGACAUUUCGUUUGGUCUCACGACAACGUCACAACAGACAUUAUCUUCUCAACAACAACAACAGAAGUUAAAUGAUGAAGACUCUACAAAUCAUCAUGCAACGACAACAAAUAUACUUCUGCGACAACUCUAUUCACAAUUCAUGAAAUCCUCAAGUUCAGAUAAUUGUACUCGCUCAAAUACAAAUGCAAUAGUCAGCAAGAAAAAGAAGACAAGUGCAGAACCGCUUUCAGCAACGUCUACAUCUUCAAAAAAACAGGUCUCUCUCAAAAUUUUGAUGUUGGUGGUGACCUCCUUCCAGAAGAGGUAUACACAGGCAAUCAAUUGCAAGCUAACGAGUCUCACCAAACCCAACCACAGCAGCAACAAUUGUCACAACCCUCAGUGGUGA